UGUCCCUUCUGUCCCUCUGCUGCCCCAGCCAUGGAAGGACAGGCCUGCGGAAGCAAAGGCCUUCUAGAGAAGCCCCUCCCUGCCCUGGCCACCCCGAGUUUGUCCUCUCUGGGCGCUGUCUUCAUCCUCCUGAAGUCUGCGCUGGGGGCCGGCCUGCUCAACUUCCCCUGGGCCUUCCACAAGGCGGGGGGUGUGGUGCCAACCUUCCUGGUGGAGCUGGUCUCCUUGGUCUUCCUGAUCAGCGGGCUGGUCAUCCUGGGCUAUGCAGCCUCUGUCAGCGGCCAGGACACCUACCAGGGCGUGGUCCGAGGACUGUGUGGCCCUGCCAUGGGCAAGCUAUGCGAGGCCUGCUUCCUCACCAAUCUGCUCGUGAUUUCCGUGGCCUUCCUCAGGGUGAUUGGGGACCAGCUGGAGAAGUUGUGUGACUCCCUCUUGUCCAGCGGCCCACAGCCCUGGUACGCCACCCAGCGCUUCACACUGCCCCUGCUGUCCAUGCUGGUCAUCCUGCCCCUGUCAGCACCUCGGGAGAUCGCCUUCCAGAAGUACACCAGCAUCCUCGGCACCUUGGCGGCCUGCUACCUGGCCCUGGUCAUCACAGUGCAGUAUUACCUCCAGCCCCAGGGCCUCCUGCGUGAAUCACAUCCUUCACUGAGCUCUUACUCCUGGACCUCUGUGUUUAGUGUCUUCCCCACCAUCUGCUUUGGAUUUCAGUGUCACGAAGCCGCCGUGUCCAUCUUCUGCAGCAUGCACAGGCGGAGCCUCUCCCACUGGGCCCUGCUGUCCGUGCUGUCCCUGCUGUCCUGCUUCCUUGUCUACUCUCUGACGGGGGUUUAUGGCUUCCUGACCUUUGGGACGGAAGUUUCUGCUGACAUCCUGAUGUCAUACCCAGGCAAUGAUGUGCCCAUCAUUGUUGCUCGUGUCCUCUUUGCUGUCUCUAUUGUGACUGUCUACCCCAUCGUGCUCUUCCUGGGAAGGUCUGUGAUGCAGGACUUCUGGAAGAGGAACUGGGGUACAUGGGGGCCUGCGGUGUUGGCUGACCCCUCAGGGCCAUGGGUCCGGUUGCCACUGACCAUCCUAUGGGUGGUGGUGACGCUGGCCAUGGCUCUGUUCCUACCUGACCUCAGCAAGAUCAUCAGCAUCAUUGGUGGCAUCAGUGCCUUCUUCAUCUUCAUCUUUCCGGGUUUAUGCCUCAUUUGUGCUGUGGGUGUUGAUCCCAUAGGACCACGAGUCAAGUGCUGCCUGGAGGUGUGGGGCGUGCUGUCCGUGCUGAUUGGCACCUUCAUCUUCGGGCAGAGCACAGGGGAGGCUCUCCUGGAGCUGCUGUAG